AUGGCUGGAAGUUCUACAGACCCGGAGACGUGGAAGCGACCCCUGUCACCCCCAGCAAGAGACAGAGCCACGACCUUUUUCAUGCGACAGUACGUUUUCGGUAUCUCAGGUGGGAGCGACUCAUUUUCACUGGGAUAUAAUCACGAAUACCUUCCAGUCUUGAUGAAAGAGGAGUCUGCAUUUGGGCUGCUCAGUACAGUUGUCGCAGCGGCUGGAUUUGCCGCCCUUUCCAACGCAGGCAAUGUUGCCGAGUGGCGCUCUGAGUCAUUUCGACUUUACCAGAAUGCGAUUGUUCACCUGCAACAUGCUCUUCAAGAUCCGGUUCAAAGAGUUUCAGAUGAAACACUUGGAGCAGUCUUGUUAAUGGGAACGUUCGAGACAAUUGCACUCCCAGAUACCAGUUCAAUGGACACGUUUAGUCAACAUAUCAUUGCGGCGGCGCGAUGUAUUGAGAUGCGUGGUCCAGAGCAGUUUCGAUCGCCGGCUGGUGUGAAGCUAUUUAUGCAGAUGCGACGCAACAUGAUCACCACAUGCCAUCAGUUGCAGGAACCUUUCCCUUUCGAGGUAUCAAAAUGGUCACAAUGGGCCGAACCACACCAGCCAGAAGCAUAUAUUCCUGUGAAUAGACUUUCACAGAUCAAUGAAGGCCUGGCUAGUACUCGCGCUAAGCUGAAAUAUUUAGGCAUCACUGACCCUAAGCUCAUUUCCCAAAGUCUCAUGCCACUUGAUAGAAUGAUGGAGCAAUGGGCAGAGGAGCUACCGCCUAUCUGGGAGUACAAAUCAUAUCGAUCUAUCGGUCCAGAUGGGGUCCCUUCAAGUAGAUGUGAUCUCCAGUAUGAUAUCUACAAUGAUCCAUGGAUUGCAUACAUAUGGAACUCGUAUCGCAACGCGCGACUGCUCAUCCACGAGUCGAUUAUCAUUGCUACACUCAAGCAUGGUAGUCAAGAACAGAAGGAAAUGUUACAUAGUUCUUUCACAAUAUUGAGGAGAAUGGCGGAUGAGAUUUGUUAUAGUGCCGCAUAUCACUUGGGACGCCGACGCCAGGAUGGUGUAGCCAUGCGCCAUCCAGAAUCCAGGUGCUUUGACAACACGCCAGCACCUGGAGGCUUUCUACUUCUCUGGCCUCUGUUCUUUGCAGCUAUUCAAAGAACCUCGCCUAGAGAUCAAAGGCUGUGGGUGGCUGGGAUAAUCCGUCAAGUAGGCAGACAAAUGGGUUUGCAGAUGGCCUUGUCGAUGGCUGGUUUGCUGGAAAAGGACGAGAAAGAGUUUGCCUUCUCACAUGAUGACACCUUCUUGCUCGGAGAAUGGCACCCAAAUUGA